GAGCAAAACCUACCCCUCUCCUUCUUCGCCGGAGCUUUCCCAUCGUCUCCUCACUAAGCCGGCGAAAAUGACCAAGAGGACGAAGAAGGCUGGAAUUGUCGGCAAAUAUGGUACACGAUAUGGUGCCAGUCUUAGGAAGCAGAUCAAGAAGAUGGAAGUGAGUCAACACAGCAAGUACUUCUGCGAGUUCUGCGGAAAGUACGCCGUGAAGAGGAAAGCUGUUGGCAUUUGGGGUUGCAAAGAUUGCGGGAAAGUGAAAGCAGGCGGUGCAUACACAAUGAACACAGCUAGUGCUGUGACAGUUAGGAGUACCAUCAGGCGUUUGAGAGAGCAAACCGAGUCCUAGAUCAGGACUCCUAACUUCAAUCAGUCGGAGAAGUUCAUUUUUGUUCUAUCAUAUACACAGUUCCAUAGGCUUCUUCUUAUUUUACUUUCUCGAUUCAGAUUAACUAAGAGAAGAGAAGUGCCUCCUUGACUCCUUUUGGGGUUUUGCCUUUUAUUCGUUUCUGUAUUGAACCUUUCAAUUCUUUUUCAAUGAAGUUGUUAUCAGUUUGGAGUAAUCCAACUGAAGCCAUUUUU